CUUUAUUCUGCGGACAUCAGACAAACCCAACGGCUCUUUUCAGAGCCACCCAUGUUCUCCCUUAAAGAGUCAACGUUUGAAGCGCUAUUUACUGCACAGAUCAUCAUGCCUGAACCAGCGAAGUCUGCACCGAAGAAAGGAUCUAAGAAGACCGUCACUAAGACCGCUGCUAAAGGAGGAAAGAAGCGUAAGAGGACCAGGAAGGAGAGUUACGCUAUCUACGUGUACAAAGUCCUGAAGCAGGUUCAUCCUGACACCGGUAUCUCCUCCAAGGCGAUGGGAAUCAUGAACUCCUUCGUCAACGACAUCUUCGAGCGCAUCGCCGGUGAGUCGUCUCGUCUCGCUCACUACAACAAGCGCUCCACCAUCACCUCGAGAGAGAUCCAGACCGCCGUGCGGCUGCUGCUGCCCGGUGAACUGGCCAAACACGCCGUGUCUGAGGGCACAAAGGCCGUCACCAAGUACACCAGCUCCAAGUAAAGUGUGAUGAAGCUUGCAGCGACACCAAAGGCUCUUUUAAGAGCCACCCAUGUACUCGUCUAAAGAGCUUCUUUAAUUUUCCACAAUAUUAGUGAUUGCAGAACAUGUGGUCAUGAUUUCUUGAACCAAGCUAACAUUACA